CGGCGCAGGAGCAGCAACAGCAAAGGCGCGGCUGCUGCAGUGGGCUGCUGCACUUGGAGACACUUAUGCAGCAGAAGUGGAGGGACUGGAAGCAGCAACUUUGGAAGCAGCAAACAAACUUGUCCAUAUUGUUGCAUGCGGAGACUUCAACUUCACCCCACAAAGUCCCCUUUACCACUUGGUGCUGCAGGGCCAAAUGAACUUCUCCCAGCUCGCCAAAGACAAGCUCUCAGGCCAAUUCCUCAUGUCCUCCAAAACUUACCCCAUAAGGCCCCAGGGCCACCACUUCGCAGGCGCCUCCGCAAUGAAUGCCCCAGAGGCCUCUCGCGCUUUAACUCAAAUCUCGAGGGGCUCUGUUGCUGCUUGGGAGAAGUCCGUGAGAGCUCUCUUUAGGCAGCCAGCAGCAGCAGCAGCAGGAGCUGCAGCGGGAGCUGCAGCAGCAGCAGCAGCAGCAGCUCCAGGAGAAGCUGUGCCGCAAGCAGCUGCGGCAGAAGCGCCUGCAGCCCACAGCCCUUCCUCUGACACGCAGCAGCAGCAGCUGCAGCAGCUGCAGCAGCUGCAGCAGCAGCAGCAGCAGCAGCAGGACGGCGAGGCAAACGGCAGCAAGAGCCCCGCGGAUCCUCUUGCUGCCGCCUCGCAGCAAGAGUCCCCACUUGCAUCUCCUGAGCAGCAGCUGCAGCCGCAGGAUCUCCAGCAGCAGCAGCAAGAACUGCAGCAGCAGCAGCAGCAGCAGCAGGGGAAGCUAAAAGCGGAAGACCCCUUUGUAGUGUCUCUACCCUUCGCCCUCAAAAGCGCUUAUGCCAUUCGCCCCACUGACGCGCAGUGGAAAGGAAAGGAGCAGCAAGCAGCAGCAGCUGUGCUGCCUGCUGCUGCUGCUGCUGCUGCUGCUGCUGCUUGCGAGGCAGGGCCAGAGGCCCCGCAGGCGGGCCUCUGGGGCCCCGCGGCGACUCCCCGCCCCAGCAGCAGCAGCAGCACCCCCAGCCCCAGCAGCAGCAGCAGCACCCCCAGCCCCAGCAGCAGCAGCAGCAACCCCAGCCCCAGCAGCAGCAGCAGCAGCAGCCCCGGCAAAUACAGCACAAGCCCCAGCAACUACGGCAGCAGCCCCAGCAACUACGGCAGCAGCCCCAGCAACUGCAACAGCAGCAGCAGCAGCAGCCCCAGCAGCAGCAGCAGCAACAGCAGCAGCAGCAGCAGCACAGCUGGGGACUUUGUGGAGGAGCCAGCCUUUACAGCUUUUCACGGAUGGCAAAAGGGCUGCAUUGAUUAUAUAUUUUAUCAAUCAGAUAACUUGCAGGUAGCUCAAGUGUAUCAGCUGCCGAGCAUGCUCAGACAAGGACGAGUUGGCUCCUGCCCCAAUGAGUGGUGGCCAGCCUCUGACCAUUUGUCGCUGGUCGCGGAUUUUGUUCCCCUGAGUGACCCAGCGGGCCUCAAGGAGAGCAGCAAACAAAAAGAUAAGUGA